GCCACAGUUUAUCGAAGAAUUUUACAAGAAGUGUAGAACAAAAAAAUGUGGUUUGAUCUUCAAAAUAGGAGUAGUUGGAUAAAUUUUGCAAAUGAAACCUUUAGUAGGGAAUCCGUGAGAAAUAUUCAGGAUCAUUUCUUCAAAUCAACUGCUUCGACGUUUUUUCCAUCGCAAAUUGGGCUUCUCUGUGGAAUUCUCAUUGCUGUUCUUGUGAAUGUGAAGACAAAUAAGCAGCUGCAGAAGCAACUUUUGAAACUGAAGAACAUCAAUGAUUUGUCCUUGAUUAGGAUUUCAAUUUGUGCUUUAGUGAUUCUUCCACUUUUCCUCGCAUACCUCGCAAUCUUCCUCAUUUAUCGGAGUUUUGUAAGAAUAAUUCUUCAGAUUAAAUUUAGAAGUAAAUUUCGGGGAUUUCUCAGUGCAAAUGAUACAGUUUGGACGGUUGAACAUCAAAAAUGGAAGAGCGUUAUUAAUAUUUUGGCUCUUCUUGAAGAAAAGCAUCCAGAAAACUUUGAAAGUUCAUUAAAAAGCUCCGAAGAAAAUGUCAGAGAAAUCCUAGAGAUGAUCAGGAGUAAAUUUGAAGCUCUUAAAAGUUCUAAAAUGAGAUCAGAUCGAUCAGAAGCUGCUCAGAAGAUUUUCUAUUGCCUCCAUCGUGAGCUUGGCUACAGCUUUUGGACUACAGCUGAAUGUAAAAUUGAGGAUUAUGUCAAAUUCAUUGAUAUCCCUUCGUCCUCGAGCUUUCUCACAUCAACUUUGGUCAAAAAGUGGUUAGGGAAAGCUUCUAAUGAUUUUCUACCUAGAAAUCAUUCCCUUCUCUGGGAAAUUCUCGUUUGCACUAAGCCUAUUAUUGAAAAUGGAUCCAUUAAGUAUCCUAUCAUUUGUCGUGUGCAUCAUUCCAUAGGAGAUGGAGUUGCUCUCUUGAGAUUUUUUUUGGAAACAAUAGCAGAUCAGGAGAAGAAGCCUUCAGGGGUUGUCUUGGAGGCUCUGCGGAAAAAGUACAGGAGCAAUGAAACCUGUAUUGGAACCCGCAGUGAAGCCUGUAAUAAAGUCUGUAAUGAAGCCUGCAGUGAAGCCUGUAAUAAGGCCUGCAGUGAAGCCUGUAAUAAAGCCUGCAGUGAAGCCUGUAAUAAGGCCUGCAAUAAAGCCUGUAAGAAAGUCUGCAUUGAAGCCUGUAAAGUCUGUAUUGAAGCCUACAGUGAAGCCUGUAAUAAGGCCUGUAAUAGACCUGCUUCAAAACCGUUCAAACCCAACAUAAGAGGAUGCAUCAAUAGCGCCUUAAUGUGGAUAAAUUUGAUCACAUCAAUCCCAUUCUACGUGCUUCAGCACUUAUCAAGUGAACCUGAUAGAAGUUGCCUUCAUGGCCUUAGUCUAUCGGGAAGGAAAAGAUUUUCAUGGCUAUACGAAUCGAAUGAUUCCCAUCUCCUACUUCAACUACGAAAACUCAAAAGGACACUACCUGCUGUUAGACUAUCAGACUUGAUCUUGGCUGCUCUAUCGGGUAGUCUUUACAGGCACUACAAACGCAUUAAAACAGUCACUCCACAGUUUAUCCAAAUUGUCGUUCCAGCUCGUAUUGAACCUCCAACAAAAGAACUGAAACUUGAAAAUAAAUUCUCAGUUGCAAUACAGAAGCUUCCCAUCCUGCCUCCGCUCUGCAGGAACUCCAGCUUUCAUGAUUUAUCAGAAAGGGUUAAGGUUGUGAAGGAAGAGACAGAUUGGGUACGAUCUAGGCCAGAUUAUCUCAUUAACUACGCCAUCAUGACGAUUUUUGGCUACUUGCUUCCAUAUCAAGUCCUUUCUCGGACCUUUGACAGUAAACUAGCAACAAUGGUCUUUAGCAAUCUCCCAGGACCUACGGAGGAAGCCACCAUGAGGAAUUUCAAAAUUACAAAUUUAUCCUUUUCCGUUCCCCAUCGGGAUUCAACAGGAAUAGGUUUAACGCUCUUGACGUACUCUGGGAGAAUGCAGUUUUCCCUAUAUGCUGAUACAGCUUUGAUUCCUGCUGACGAUGAUGCUCAGAGGAUUCUUCAAGAUUUGGAAAAUGAGCUCAGACUUUAUGUUGAGAUUUCAGGAAGUUAAAAAAAUGUAAAAAGGUUUUUUUGCAAGGAAAAUAAAAGAAUUUAGCGAAUCACCCGGCGCCCCAACUGUUCUUUA